AUGAACGGCGCCCAACUGCAAGCCUUGGACAACUUCAUCUACCUGGGCAGCACCCUCUUUCACAACACUAAAUUUGGCGAUGAAUUCGUCCGCCGGAUUCCCAAGUUCAGCCAAGCCUUCGGUCUGCAAAACGCGGUCUGGAAUUGCCAUGGUCUCCACAUCAGCACCAAGCUCAAGGCGUCAAAAGCGGUCAUCCUUACGACGAUGCUGUUUGGAGCGGAGACCUGGACGGUGUACAAGAAGCAGGCACGCAGACUCAACCACUUCCACCUCAGCUGUCUCCGACGGAUAUUGAAGGUGAGGUGGCGGGACCGGAUCCCGGACACGGACGUACUGGAACAGACGGGAAUCCUCAGCAUCUACGCCAUGCUGGGACAAGUGCAAUUGCGUUGGAGCGGCCAUCCCGUGCGCAUUGGCGACGAGCGGCUACCCAAACAACUCUUCUAUGGAGAUGUCGCCAUGGGUUCCGCCGACAAGGAGGUCAAGUCCGGCGUUACAAGGAUACUUUGA